CCACACAGAGGCGGCCCCCGGCGUGGAGAAGCAGCAGCUGUUUCCGGAAUAAGAUGGCGGCAGCGAGGGUCCUGAGGAGCUGGAGUCGAAGCGCCCGGCACCUGAGUUGUGUUCGUCAUAUUCAAUUGUGCAGUAGUGUUCAUGCUGUGAAGCCAAAAUAUACAUGUCUCUUUGGUUAUUCUUCCUUCAAGUUUGGUCAUCCACAUCGGUUAUUAAAAACAACUGGUACUGUAAACGGACAGAUCGUUCAGUUUAAACUCUCAGAUAUUGGAGAAGGGAUUACAGAAGUGACAGUUAAAGAAUGGUAUGUAAAAGAAGGAGAUACAGUGUCUCAGUUUGAUAGCAUCUGUGAAGUACAAAGUGAUAAAGCCUCUGUUACCAUCACUAGUCGUUAUGAUGGUAUCAUUAGAAAACUCUACUAUGCAGUAGAUCAGAUUGCCCUUGUGGGGAAGCCAUUAGUAGACAUAGAAACAGAAGCUUUAAAAGAUUCAGAAGAAGAUGUUGUUGAAACACCUGCAGUGUUUCAUGAUGAACAUACCCACCAGGAAAUAAAGGGGCACAAAACACUAGCUACUCCUGCAGUUCGUCGCCUUGCCAUGGAAAACAAUAUAAAACUGAGUGAAGUUGUUGGAACGGGAAAAGAUGGCAGAAUCCUUAAAGAAGAUAUUCUCAAUUAUUUGGCAAAGCAGACAGGAGCUAUUUUACCCCCAUCACCAAAGUCUGAAAUCAUCCCACCUUUCCCAAAAUCUGAAACAAUUCAGUCUAUUCCUAUGCCAGUGUUAAAACCUAAAGUAUUUACGGUGAAAGACAGAACAGAGCCCCUAACAGGCUUUGAGAAAGCUAUGGUCAAGACUAUGACUGUGGCCCUGAAGAUUCCUCAUUUUGGUUAUUGUGAUGAGGUUGACCUUACUCAGCUGGUUAAGCUUCGAGAAGAAUUAAAGCCCAUAGCUUUGGCCCGUGGAAUUAAACUCUCUUUUAUGCCUUUUUUCUUAAAGGCUGCAUCUUUGGGAUUAUUGGAAUUUCCUAUCCUCAAUGCUUCAGUGGAUGAAAACUGCCAGAAUAUAACAUAUAAGGCUUCUCAUAAUAUUGGAAUUGCUAUGGAUACUGAACAAGGACUUAUUGUCCCCAAUGUGAAAAAUGUUCAACUCUGUAGUGUGUUUGAGAUUGCCAUUGAAUUAAAUCGUCUGCAGAAGCUGGGUUCUGCAAAACAGCUGGGAACUGCUGAUAUCACAGGAGGAACAUUUACUCUGUCCAACAUUGGAUCAAUUGGUGGUACCUAUGCCAAACCAGUGAUAUUGCCACCCGAAGUAGCAAUUGGAGCUCUUGGAGCCAUAAAGGCUGUGCCUCGGUUUAAUGAGAAAGGUGAAGUAAUCAAAGCACAGAUAAUGAAUGUGAGCUGGUCUGCUGAUCAUAGAAUUAUUGAUGGUGCUACAAUGGCCCGCUUCUCUAAUUUAUGGAAAUCCUACUUGGAAAAUCCAGCUUCCAUGCUGCUAGAACUGAAAUAAACAUUGAUUUGAAACAUCCAUGAACUUUUUGGGCAUUGGACGAAUGUAUAAAACCCAGCUACACUUGUUCUUUAUUGAAGUUUGUAUUAUGUGAAUGAUUAUAUUACGUGACCAAGAUCUCACAAUAAAUGCCAAUCUCUCUUACCAUGUUGCACAUUUAAAUUUAAGUGGACAGCUUUAUUGUAACUUUCUUAAGGUUGUCAAAUUUUAUAAGACAAGAGUGUGACAUGUAACAUCCUAAUGUAGUGCUGAGAUCUUAAAUGUAAGGGAUGCUGGCAGCAAAGAAGACUGGCAUUACCAAAAACUAAUAUCUCUAUACACUAUCUCAGUAUGAUAUUUUUAACUGUCUCUUAAGGGUUGGGAAAAGGAAUUUAUAUACAAUAAUGUUUUAUUGCCUAAUAUUAAUUAUACAAAUUCUUAAAUAAAGUGCACUUAUGUUUAUCUUUAAAGAUGUUCAGUAGACUUUUAUUACUCAGUAAUGUUAUUUUGAUUCCUGUAAAUGUCUCAUCCCUUAUAUCUUAAAAGGGGGAAAACUGAGAUGAUCUUAAAGAAAUGCUGAAAUUAUAUUAUGUAACUAAUUCCCUGCUAUCUGCCUUCCCUAAUUCUACAUGUAUGAUACUGGAGAAGGUCACACAACUACACUUAACUGAGUCCACUGCAAAUUUAUUAACCUAAUCUCAGCUGAGCAAUCACUAUUGCACAGCAACCUAUUUAUUCUUCCCUAAUUAACUAUCCUGCUCCCCAGAGUAGUUUUCCCAAACCUUUCCUUCUCUCCUAAAACUCUUGUUACCACCCUCUCUGCUUUCCUUGACUCUUGCCUUACUAGGAAAAUAGAGGCAUCUGCCGUGAGCUUCCUCUUCUCCCCCUUUCAUACACUUAGGAUUCUAGAAAAACUGGCCCACCAGCUGAUCUGAGCUCCACAUUCCACCAUUUGUCAAGUCUUUUUAGGCUGUCCUAUAUGCCUGCAAUGCCCUCCCUCCUCAACUCUACCUCUUAGAGGCCAUAACUCCCAUCAAGACUGAACUAUGGUGCUCUUUCCCUCCUCAUAUUAUUUUGUAUUUUUUGUAUACCAAUUGUAUCCACCAGUAGGAUGUAAGCUCCUUCAAUAUAGGAACUGCUUCCUGGUUUUUGUCCUUUUUUGUCUUGGUGUUCCCAAUUCCUAGCCCAGUAGCUUGCAUAUGAUACAAGUUUGCACUUGAUAAAUGUUGAAUUACCAGUAAGUUCUUUAAGGAUAACUAUCUUAUUCGGUUUUCUAAUGUUCUUGAUCCUUAUAAAACUGUAAUUUGGAAUUCUUUAACAAUCAUCUCAAUGUUGCUAAUGUAUGGGCCAAAUCCAGUAAUUUAAAGGAAUACAUUUUGAGAAAUUUGAUCAUUUCUUGUAUAGGAAAAUCCUGUAUCUCUUUACCUGUAGCAUCUUCUGCCCUUUCCCUCUAUUAGGGAUUUUACAGCCUUCUUUAUUGCCCUCAGCUGAACCAAAGACAGUGUGAUCAUGUAAAGUCAGUGGCUAAGCCUUUAUUACUAAGCACUGGUAAUAAGAAUUUAUUUUUUCUUGUUCUUAGGAGGAAACUAAGUAAUAGGGGAAAAGCAAACCAAGGACAAUUAGAGUGGAAAGAGAACAAGUAGAAUAGGCUACCUUGGCUGGGGAAUUCCUUGUCCCUAUGGGUGUUCAAGUAGACAUGUAGAUGACCAACUUGUGAAGGAUUUUGUAGAGAGGGUUCAUGUACCCUUGGCCUAGGUAACUUAUAAGAUCUUUUCCAACUCUGAAAGUCUAUGAUUUUAGAAUAAAAAUAAAUAAUGAUUGAGCAAUCUAAUAGAUUCCCUCAGUAGCAUUAAAGGGAGCAUAUGCCAAUAGUGACUUACAUUCAGAAAUACAUAUUUGUUUUAAUGCUGCGCAAUUGAACAUCAAGUGCCAAAUAUAUUGAUUCAAGGUUUGUGAUAUAAAAACAAAGGCUUCAUGUUCUUAUAAAUUAAAAUUUUGAUUUAUAGUUAAAAUUAAGAUUUUAAACCACUUAAAGAGAAUCUGAGCAUGUGAGGGAGAGUAGACUUUCAAAUGUAUACAAAUAGAAUAGUUGUGCACUUAAUUCAUUAUUUAAAAGGAUAUUGUAUUGUAUUAAUUGACUUAAAAGAAAAAUUCAUGUAUCUUUUGGAAUGGGAUUUUUCAAUAAAAUU